UUUAUAGUUUUAAUUUCGUUUUGGAUGCGGAUUAAGAUCCCGAUCCGUUUCAAUAGCCCUGGUCUUAGGUUUAUCAAGUUCUAUAUUAUGCCUUUUUUGCUCGGAGCCCGUAGCUGCCGGGGCAUUCUAAAGGGCAGGAUGCUCAGGAAGAUAACAAUUAUGAAUUCCAGCUCCAAUAGACGCAGCAGCUCUCCAGACAAACAAUACUUGACCAUUGCGGAGAUCAAGGUGAAGAUGAUGCAAAGAUUCGGCCUGGAGCCUGGGUAUUCCAUACAGCCGAAGUCCAGGGAGGAACUACUGAAGUACCAGCCCAAGUUUGAGGACUUACCCGCACGAUCUAUGCAGGAUUCCUAUUCCUCGGCCAUCAUUCCCUUGAGCACGGAUGCAGUACUGCAGGACAAGUACAUCAACUUUAAAGGCUUUGUGCGCAUUGGCCGAAUUCUGGAGGACAUGGACCUGUUUGCCGCUUGGUGCUGUCAUAGGCACCUGGUAGUCCCCAAUCUGCCGGAGGGAGUACCUCUACCGUACUCCAUCGUGACGGUCCUGGUGGACCGAAUCGACUUCACCAGUGUCGCACCCCUAGGCACCCAGGACAUCCGCCUAUCCGGCCAUGUCUCCUGGGUGGGAACCAGUUCCAUGGAGGUGGUGGUAUGGCUGGAGCAGGUUGUCAAUGACGAAAAUCAGAAUAUCACGCGUGCUCUGUUUCUAAUGGCGGCUAGAAAUGCCACCAACACAGCAGCGGCUCCAGUGAAUCCUAUACAGCCUGUCGAUGACGAAGAGAAGCUCAUUCUAGCUGGCGGGGCAGAUAGAAAAAAGAAACGACAGGUACUCAGCGAGCAGUCUGUCUUCAAAGAGGAACCCAACGCCGAGGAACAAUCUCUUAUAUACCAGCUCUACAAAAGGACUGCUCCCAUCGAGCAAAGGGACCAGCAGCGCCUCCUGCCUCCCAACUGUGUUUGGAUGCACGACUCCUUCCAGAUGAGCACCAUUCCCUCAUUUCCAGAGCACAGGAAUCAAAACAACACUGUCUUUGGGGGAUUCCUCAUGCGCAGUGCCCAGGAAAUUAGCUGGGCAACAGCUUUCCUCUACUGCAAGGCCCGGCCCAAACUGGAGCACAUCUCGGACAUUAGUUUCCAGAAGCCCGUCAGCGUGAAUAGCUUCUUGAAGAUGACCGCGUAUGUGGUGUACACCGAGGAGAACUAUUUGCAGAUCAUGACCGUUGCCGAAGUCCUGGACGCAUACACGGGAAGCCGCGUCACCACCAACGCGUUCCACUAUACCUUCUCCGCUCCAGAGCCGGUUACUGAAGUGCUGCCUCGCUCCUACCACGAUACCAUGUGGUACAUCCAUGGUCGCCGCAAGUUCAAGGCCAACAAGGGUUGAGCCCUAAGAGUUGAGUUCCAAUAGGGUCAAAGUCUGCAACUCAAGACACGAUUCGUUUAAUAUUUUUUAAGCCUAAUGUACAAAAAGACACUGAAUUGUGCCCAGAUGAUAUUUUCUGAACCAAAAUCUCUGUUCCUUAUCGAAAUUGAAAAGCGCGUAGUUUGGCCCCGGCUUUUAUUUCGAAUUCCUAGCUGCGUGAAGAUCAUGACCACUGCCAAUGUUCCGGGCACACACGUGAUAGUUCAGCCUACUCCCACUCUGUAGAUUAGAUUGAGUCCCAAUUGUUACAUAGAAAACAUAUUUUUGGUAAUAUUUUUGCUGUCCAAUCGGACCGAAAAUGUAGUGUAAAAUUUUCCAUCUCCUCCAUUAGUCUGGCAUUUUUCCAUAACAUCAUCUUUACACCUUUGCUCAGAUUAGAUUGUAGGUUUGAGUAGAUGCACAGAAAAACAGGAUGGGCCUGCUGAUAAUAAAUGGAAAAGCCCAAAAAUGUACUCAAAUAGAUAGCCAACU